AUGGCUUCGACACGAAACAAAUUUAGAUACUGUAAAUUUGGUUCACAAUGUCCGCAACUUGAAACUUGCCAAUAUGCACAUAAUGAACAACAACGGAAUAAUUCCCAAAAUUAUUCUAGUUCUAAACGGAAUAAUUAUAAUAUAUCGUAUGAUCAAUAUCAAUCCGAAUAUGGAGAUCAGACUGAUGAUUCAUUACAACCAUACCAAUCGUGUCCUAAGAAUCAAAAUUUGUCUUAUACCAUGACAACACAACGUCAGAUGUCUCCAUAUUCUGGUGAUCAUUCAAAUCAUCAAGGAAGUUAUCCUCAUAAAAAACAAUUUGAUUCUAAUCAACAGUCAAAUAAAGUGCCGAAACCACAGAAUUUAAUGCAAAUAAAUUUUAACAAUUGUAACAUAUCAGAUUCAGCAUCGAUUUCUUCAAAGAACGAUAGUUCUACAUCAUUUACAAUAGAUUCAUCAAUUUGGAUAGAACACUCAAAAGCUGAAAUUAAAAUUCUAUUUGAGGAAAGUCUACCUGAAGUAUUUUCCCAACAUCAAUCUCUUAUCGAUGAACAACUCAUAUUACUUAACGAAAAUGAUGACGAUGUAAAAUUUUCAAAAGAGACAAAUGUUCAAGAGUUAAAAGAUCAAUUGGAAACAUUCGAGAAAACUAUAUCGGAACUAUCUAUUGUUAAUCCAUCAACAUUAAAAGACGCUCAACAUCUUCAAAAAAGAUUAAAACGAGAAAUUGAACGUCUUAAAGCUCAUUUACCUAUUUAUGCACGACGUCAACAAUUGAUUGAUACAAUUCAAUCAAAUCGUGUUGUAAUACUUAAGGCAGAAACAGGAUCUGGCAAGAGUAGUCAAUUGAUUCAAUAUCUUGUCGAUGCUGGAUUUGCUAAUGGUGGACAAAUUAUUUGUACUCAACCACGACGUUUGGCUGCACGGGAAUUAGCUUCUCGUGUAGCAAAAGAAUUUAACUGCAAAGUGGGCGAAGAAGUUGGUUGUCAUGUUGGUGCUUCUCGUCCACAAAUUUCACAUGUAACUCAAAUUCGAUUUGUUACUGAUGCUGUUCUAUUGAAUGAAUAUCAAAUGGAUCCAAUGUUAAGUGCCUAUAGUUUAAUUAUCAUUGACGAAGCUCAUGAGAGACGCAUCGAUACUGAUUUACUCUUUGGUGCUUUGAAAAUAUGUUUACAAAGACGUCCUGAUAUAAAGUUAGUUAUUAUGUCAGCGACGCUUGAUGAUAAACUAUUAAGUAAAUAUUACAAUGAUGCAAUUGUAAUUGAAGUUCCUGGUCGAACAUUUCCUAUUGAAGAUGUUUACGCUAUAGAAGAUCCUGAAAAUUAUGUUGAUGAAGCAAUAAAUAAAGUUCUUGAUAUUCAUGCUAAUCAACCUUCUGGAGAUAUUCUAGUUUUUCUUACUGGUCAAGAUGAAAUUGAUCGAGCCAUUGAUGAAGUAAUGAGAAAAAUUGAUCCACCUGAAUCAGCUAUGAUUUUACCAUUGCAUGGUAAAUUAAAUGAAGAUGAUACAAAAGCUAUAUUCAUGUCUACGGGUAACGGUGGUCGACGUAAAAUAAUUUUUUCAACUAAUAUUGCUGAAACAUCGGUAACAAUCGAUGGAAUUCGAUAUGUUAUAGAUUCAGGUAUGGUCAAAGAAGUUAUGUGGGAUUCAAAACGACAUAUGCGAAUUCUUAAAACUGCUUAUACAACACAGAGUUCAGUUAAACAACGACGUGGACGAGCUGGACGAACAUCAAUAGGAAAGUGUUUUCAUCUAUAUACAUAUGAUACUUAUCAAUCUUUGGAUAUUUGUUCUCGAGCAGAAAUUCUUUGUACUCAACCGAGUAUAGCCGUACUUAAAUUAAAACAUCUUAAUAUAGUUGAUAAUAUUGCAGAAUUCGAUUGGUUGGAAUCACCUGCAGAUAGUAGUCUACAAGAAACUGUCAAAUGUUUAACAUGGUUGAAUGCAAUCGAUUCGAAGACAGAGAAAUUGACUGAUAUAGGCCGUAGUUUGGCAAAACUUGGUCUUGAUCCUAUGCUUUCAGUUAUGAUUUUGACAGGACAAAAAUUUAAUUGUUUCAGUCAUGUACUUGCUCUUGCUGGUAUGUUAAGUGUAGUACAAAAUAUAUGGUGGCGUAGUAAAGAUGAUCAAUCCAAACAAUUAAGUGAUGAAAUACGAUCUUCAUUCAUUUACGAUACAGAUAUUGGUGGUGAUUACAUAGUUUUAUUACGUAUCUUUCUUGAAUGGUAUGCUCUUGAUGAUCAUAGAGAACGUAGAAAAACUUGGUGUAUCAAACAUAUGAUUAGAUGGAAAUCUAUGAAAUUAGCAUAUAAAUUCGUUCGAGAAUUAGCAUAUCAAAUUGCUCCAACAGUUCAAUUACAUUUUUCUAAAUUAAAUGAUGUAUUAAUC